AUGAUCACCGACGAACAACUUUACACCCUAGCUGUCUUCUGCGGUUCCGUCGCCGUCCUGCUCAUCGUCCUCUAUCAUUUCCUCGAAAUCAACUCGGAUGAAGCACAUGCCAAAUCCACCACUCCCGUCGAGGAAAUGAUCAAACCAUCGGGUAAUAAGGGGAAUGUGGUCAAAGUGGGCGACAAGGAGUUUGUAGGGGUCAGAGCUGGAGGAUUGGGUGUUGCGCAAUGA